AUGACUAGCAGGCUUCGAAGGCCGUUCACCGCGUCGGCGAGUGAUGAUGAGGUCGAUGAUGAUAAUAUUAUUCCUCUGGAUGAGCAAGAACAGGAGGCAUUGAUCGAAGAACUCAAAAAAGCAAAUGAUCGAGAAAACGCAUUCUUUAUUCUCGUAUUUACAUGCCUCUGCGGCCUCACCGCCUCCCUCAUUGCUAUUCGAAUAUGGUUUGGUAAUGGAUCAGGGGUUGAUGUCCUUGCAGUCUCAUCGCUGGCAAUGACCGGCUUUACCGUCCGCAUUCCAGUCGGCUCGGAAGCUAAGGAGCUCCUUUCGCCAUUGGAGACCUGGGUUCCAAUACUUAAUCCCAUUCUCAUUGCCAUCAUCACCAUUGGUGCUUACUUUACAAAUCGGCAUUGGGAUCAUGAUUACCUCUUAUAUCUGCCGCUUUUCGUCUGGAUUGCGACCGCGGUUGGAAGGAAGGCAAUGGCUAGUGUGAACCUAGGAGAGUUGGAGAAGCUCAAGUACAAAUACAAAGGGGCAUAG